GUACAUUUUCCCAGAUAUUUCAAAGAUCCUCUUUCUUAUCUCUGAAUAUUACUAUAAGAACCCAUGUCAAGGCCGUCGCCCAUAAGGUUUAUGAAUAGGAGAACUAUCAACAACAAUGGUCGUAUAGCAAGCCUUUUCUCCACGAUGAGUGUUGUGCCUCGCCUGGCCCAGGCACUGCCUCUAGGUCUGUUUACUAGAGAGGCCACCAAAGUUUCCGUUGAGAAGCAUGAGCCUUUAACUCCACAGCAGUACUGGUGGUACCUGUUUAUAUCUGCCUUCUUGGUGCUUGCGGGUGGUGUCUUUGCAGGGUUAACGCUUGGUCUCAUGGGUCAAGAUGAGGUGUACCUAAAGGUUAUCUCCUCUUCCGGGGACGCAACUGAACAGAAGAAUGCCAAAAAGGUGUUGAAGUUGAUCGACCGCGGUAAGCACUGGGUCUUGGUUACUUUGCUCUUGUCAAACGUUAUAACAAAUGAAACAUUACCAAUUGUUCUUGAUCGUGUCUUGGGUGGUGGUUGGCCCGCCGUGGUGAGCUCUACAGCGUCGAUUGUGAUCUUUGGUGAAGUCAUUCCUCAAUCAGUCUGUGUCCGUUACGGUCUUCAGAUCGGUGCUUUCUUUACGCCGUUUGUACUUGGAUUGAUGUACUUGAUGUACCCUGUCGCAUACCCAAUCGCAAUGUUGUUGGAUACUAUCCUCGGUGAGGAUCAUGGCACGAUUUACAAGAAAUCCGGUUUGAAAACCCUUGUCACACUUCACAGAACCAUGGGUGUAGAAAGGUUAAACAGCGAUGAGGUUACGAUUAUCAGCGCUGUGCUAGACUUGAAGGAGAAGAAAGUAUCUGAUAUUAUGACUCCAAUGAAGAACGUCUUUACAAUGAGCUCUGAUGCCAUCCUCGAUGAGAAGACUGUGGAGGAUAUUUUCAACUCUGGGUUCUCCAGAAUCCCAAUUCAUCUACCUAACGAACCAAAAAACUUCAUUGGUAUGUUACUCGUCCGUGUGUUGAUUUCCUAUGACCCUGAAGAUGCACUACCGGUCUCGUCCUUCCCGUUGGCAACACUCCCGGAGACUCCUCCUGAGACAUCGUGUUUGAACAUUCUAAACUAUUUCCAAGAGGGAAAAUCACAUAUGGUUGUUGUGAGUGAACGCCCUGGUGACUCCGACGGAGGCAUUGGUGUUUUAACCUUGGAAGACGUCAUCGAAGAGUUGAUUGGUGAGGAGAUUGUUGAUGAAUCGGAUGUUUUCAUUGAUAUCGAUAGAAACAUCAAACGUGUUGAGCCUGGUCCAUUGGCGAAGAGACAUCUCACGCAAUACUUACACUCUUUAUACACCAACAGCAAUAGAGCAUCCAUUGAAGUUGGAGCUGAUGCUGAUCUCGGUGAUGAACAAAACGCUACAAUACAGUUUAAGCCACAUAACUUGGCAUCCAAUCCACUUGAAACGAACAAGACGUUUGUCACCAUCAAGAAGCAACAACCGGCCCGUAAGAUUUCCACCUUAAGGUAUGAUUAUGAGGAUGAUCCAGAUGACACGAACGAUGCGGAGCCAUUGUUGCCUCCUGCUACACAAGAGACUCCACUUUCUAGACCUACAUCUCCUGAUUAUGGCACAAAUGACAGGGUUCCUGUAAGGACCAGCACUUCUAACAGUAAUAGAAGCCUUUUAACAAAUCGUACCAGUUCAUUGAACACACAUGUCACGGGCAGAGUAUCCACAGAUCUGGCAGAUCCAUCUGAUGUUCAAGGGCACUAUGCAAAGAACCUCUCGGUUCAACGCUCUGGUUCGAUUGAAAACAUGGAACAACAUAGCUAUCGUACUGGAGGUAUCAUUGAGAGUGUUGUUCAAGUGCAAGGGUAUUCCAAGACCAUCAUUGAAAGUAGACCUGAUGAUGAGUUGAGCGAUGACGAUGACGAGACACAGGCUCUUUUGAUCGCAGCUGGGCACGAAUCUCAUAAUAUGAAAACAGCAUCAAGAAGAGCUUCUAGAGUCGUUUGAGCACCCUUUAUUGUUAUUCGUUUGCGUCUUUCCUCAUCCUGUUUCGAUCCUUGCCUUCUUUUCUUGUCCUGUUAUUCUCUUCAAAUUAGUAAGCCGGUAUCUUUCAUAUUUUUCUCUUUAUUUGACGUAUAUUGACAGUGGAAACUGUUGGUCUUUCUCUGUAUACAUAUAACGUAUUUCAACGCAUCUCUGCUCCCUUCACUAAGUCCAC